GCGUGCUCGGCAAAUGAGAGACAAACAUAGACUUACAAACAGGAUGCAAGUCUUGUUUUUGCUAGGACUUUGCAACCGUGUCAGUAACUGUUCAAUUGAGCGGUUUAUACGGGUCAUGGGUGUCCAGUCAAGUGAUUUGGACGGGAUGGGCUGACAGAACCACAUACGACUAGCUUUGCUAUUUGUACUCGUACAGUUCUGCAUUCCUAUUUCAGGGAGCGCUUGCCCUCACUUGCAAUGGCCGCGUGCCCUCACAUAGUCACGUGGUUCUGCUGUGCCCUGCGCUUGGCUGGAACAGGAAGAUGACGCCGUGGUGCCAGUAACACGAAUCUGCAGAGAGACGCGCUCACCUGGAAAGCAAUGAAGUAGGAUCUGAGGUUUCUGUUCUGUUACUGUGUUCCCAGCGCAGACAGGGCUGCGGUACAGCGAGCGACAGCAGGACAUGCCUUCUCCCAAAGCAAAAAACAACGCCGGACGGUCUCCGAACCGAACCCCGUCGCCGCACUUGCUGCAGAGGCAGGGUUCGGACCCGACCUCGGCCCGGCUCAGAGCCUCCGAGAGCCCAACCCGGCGGCGCGGCUCCAACUCGGCCAGCGCCUCCGCCACCUGCCCACAGCAGCAGCUCCCGGAGGAGGACUGCAUGCGGCUGAACCCGUCGUUCGCGGGGAUCGCGUUGAGGUCCCUGCUCGCUAUCGACCUGUGGAUGUCCAAGCGGCUCGGGGUGUGUGCCGAGGAGGAUUCCUCCUGGGGCAGCGUCCGGCCGCUGAUGAAGAUCAUUGAGAUCUCCGGGCACGGCAUCCCCUGGAUAGCCGGGACUCUGUACUGCAUGUGGAAGAGCGACAGCGCCGCCGGGCAGGAGAUCAUGCUGAAUUUGCUGUUGGCCCUGCUCCUGGACGUGGUUCUCGUGGGGAUUGUCAAAGCGCUGGUGCGCCGACGCCGGCCCUCUCACAACCGGAUGGACAUGUUCGCCACCUUCUCCGUGGACCGGUACUCGUUCCCGUCGGGCCACGCCACGCGGGCGGCCAUGGGGGCGCGCUUCCUGCUCACGCACCUGGUGCUGGCUGCGCCGGUCCGCGUGCUGGUGCUGCUCUGGGCCGUGCUGGUCGGGCUGUCCCGGGUCAUGCUAGGCCGACACAAUGUCACCGACGUGGCCUUCGGAUUCUUCAUGGGCUAUUUCCAGUACAGCCUGGUGGAGGCGCUGUGGGUCUCCACCGCCAGCUUGCAGAAGCUGCUGGGAGUCUUGGGGUGAUAGGGAAGGGUUGAGGGGGGGUGGGGAGGGUAUGGAAA